AUGGCCGAAGAACCCGCCAGCAACGAUAUCAGCUCGCUGUACCCACCCCCACCACCGUACAUAAAAUUCUUCACGAAGGAAAACCUGGACAGGCUGCCCUCCUACCUUGAGAAAAAGCGGUCUCAGGAGCAGGGGGGCUACGGCAACGAUGCGGAACACGUUACAAGCGAGCUCGAUUUCCUUAUCCCGCCGCCAAUGCCCGCAGACGAUCAGUACCGUGCCUUUGGCAGUACCUGGCAAGUAAAGGACAAACUACCGGACCUCGAGGCCAUGGGGAUGACGCAAUUGUACCAGAAAACGCAGCCAGGACAAGGGCCGAGCCCUGAGGGUGAAGCAACGAACUACCAGUACAAAAUCAAAGAGCUGAAACGGCUUCUGCAGUCGCUGCUGCUGAAUUACCUCGAGCUAGUGGGCAUACUCAGCAUCAACCCAGAACUGUACGAGCCAAAAGUGGAAAACAUAAGGACUGUCCUCGUGAACAUCCACCACUUGCUAAACGAGUACAGACCGCACCAAUCCCGCGAAUCGCUCAUCAUGCUGCUCGAAGAGCAACUCGAGUACAAGAAGGGCGAAAUCAAGACCGUGGAGGCAACGUGCCAGCAAGUGCGUCAGAAACUGGCAGAAAUCGAAAAGUCCCUCACAUAG